UGUUGCUAUAAAAAAUUGUUUUCCACGAACCAAUGGCAGUUUUUUCACCUCGGGGCAAAAAAAGUGCAGUGAACUCGGCUUUUCGUUUGGUAAUUUCCACGAUUUUCCUAAGUUUUUCACAGUGAAAUAAAGUUAUCUUCCGUUUCAUUACAAAACAACGAUAAUGACUCAGGAUCUGCAUCCUUCGUGGACGUUUGCUCACCUGAACACAUCCGUUAUGCUCCCGGAUGUGGUCAGCUGGGAAUUAACCGGACGGACCCGCUCCUGGAUGAACGUCAUGUGGCUGCAGGGUAAGGCGGAAGCCAGGCUGAGAGCGACCAGCGAUCGGACGGUGAAUGUGGACCUGGAGGAGUCGCUUUUUGCCCGGGCCAAGUUCCGAAGUCUGCCGGAUGCCAGUCGUGACGAUCUGCACCGAGUUUGCCAGGUGAUUAGGGAUGAAAUUGGACCGGGAGCGCGACCAGUCAUACAUUACAGUGGCCGGCGCCUGGCUUCGACAGAGACGGAUAAUUGCUUUUGGUUGAACGAUGACCAGUACUCCGGAAAGCUGGAACUGGUGAAGCGGAACCAGGUGGAGGAAUGGCUUGGAGCUCCGGAAGUGGUUUAUCUCUAUGAGUGCGAUUCUGCUGAGAAGUUUUUGUACGGUUGUGGCGAGGAUGAUAAGGGCUACCACUUGGCGGCCUGCGGUAAAGGAGAGACGCUUCCGAAGGAUGACGUUUUCAGUGGCGUAAUCUCACUUCCGGUGAAAGCGGCCUACGGAUGGCACUGCGCGCAGUCUAACAGAGCCAACAUGGCCAGUAAGAUGGUUGUUGGAGACAUAUGUGACCGGCAGAUCCUCAUGGGUCAACUUGAUUGGGUGCUGACGUUGAUUUUGGAUGCCAUUGCCAGGGAUUCGUUGCCAAAGGAGCUAUUCCAGAAACUGUUUCGAGGCGAUUUGCUGACGGCGACCAUUUUUCGGCGGUUUAUCUUGUCGCAAAGAAUAAUGAAGAGAACCGGAUGCCAUCCGGUGUCUCGGCCGGCGCUUCCGGAUUGCAGCCAGCAUCGACUGUGGACUCUUUGGGAUAACGUGAUGGACAUGACGGUGAUGUUGUUGAAGGAGCAGAGCGAGAAAACGUGCCCGAUAAUCCAGACGUUCUUCGGUAUCAUCCUGAAUGGUCAAUAUCAGAAUCACCCUGACCUGCUUCUAUCUGCAUUGAGUGUUUCCGUCGAAUGUCCCAAGGCGUAUGACUUGUUGAAAGCCGGAUGGAUCAAGCUGAAUGGUGAUGUGCACUUACAGGAAUGUAUCGUAGAACAUGCGGUCAAGAUACUACAGUCAGGCGAAAAAGCGCUGUGGCACAUAACGACAAAGUUUCUUGUCGAAUUAUUUGCAGAAACUCCCGCUGCCAAAGAGCUUCUGAAACCUGAUAUUGAGGUCAACUUACUCAACCACCUGCAUGGGAAAGCAGAUCAUUCCUUGGUGACACAUACGCUUUUCAUGCAACUGCUAUUGGAAGAGCGAUUAACGAAAUCCAACUCGACCCGCCAACAAGCACUAAGCGCCUCCUGUGUCAAUCUGAUGACCCACCAUGAACCGAUAGUGCGCCUGUGGGCAGUUUUAUUGGGAGCUAAACUACCUGCAGCAGAAUGUCCACAACUGCGAAGUCGUCUGGAACAUCUUUUGAACGAUGCCGAUCCCAAAGUCCGCGCAGCUGCCAUUGAGGCUUGUGUUUCUUCCUACGCUCAACUACCAGAACAAAAAGAUGUCCUCAUCGAAAAACUGUUGCCCAUGGUAAACACAAACUCAAGUUCCCUUGUUCGACGGGAGUUAGCUCAUGCUUUGAACGUGUACGUUGCUGAUCGAACGGCCGAACUGAUCACCAUAUUCAAACAGGAAACAUCCAAACCGCCAGAGCAGUCCAAAUCGAAGGGCAAAGCCAAGGCCAAGCAGCAGCAACUGAAAAAGGGCUCCAACCCUACGACCAAAUCGGAAUCCACUCUGACGAAAGGGUGGCGUAUAAUAACUGCCUUGCAGUCCGAUCCGGACCCGGAAGUAUCCAAAGCCAUGCAGUCCAUUGUGGCAUUCAUAAAGCGGACCGUCGCUGAGCAGGAUUCGACCGGCGGAAAGCGUAAGAAGAAAACACCCAUCGGUAGCUGUCCACUGGCUGCGAAAUUGCAACUGCACGAACGAUUGUGUCGCGAUCUGGUGAAGAAUUCAAAAACGCACCAGAACGGCGAUUCCGGAGAGGAUUCAAAGGAGAACGAUUCCCGGGUGCUGAACGGUUUACCGUUGGGGCCACGCAAUCCGACACUACCGCUUCUGAACCAUCAGCUGAGGAGCGUACAAACGAAACAGGCACCGCAAAUGGUGCGGUUCGGAGCGAAUCGACAGAUGUUUACCGUUUUCAAAGACCACAUUACUUGGCAAGAUCACGCCGAUGAGAGCGGAAAAACUCACGUUCUGAAGCACCCCGUCGUUACUGGAUCCCAGUUCAAAGUCACCUCCCUGCUGCCAGGUAUUCCCCAUCACUCAUCGUCCCUACUGAUCGGUUACAACGAUGGAUCUAUUCGCUUGUGGCGCAUCGCCACCCAAUCCGAUCCGGAACUGAUCGGCGCUUGGCAAGGGCUUCACGAUUACGGCGAUGCCACUCCUUCGGCAAAAACACAUGGCAUUGCGAUGACAUCGAUCGGCAAUCAACAGUUGAUCACCGGUGGGGAUGCAAAGUACCUUCGCAAGUGGAAUCUUGCCAUGGAAGCAACAGCGGGCGAUAUCAGCAUUGGAACCGAUCAGGCGGUGACGGCUCUCGUCAGCAAUGGGGUGUAUAAUAUCGCAGCUGGAUUGGACGGCGGAACCGUACGGUUGUUUGACACGCGAGCCGAGGCAGAUGGAAAAAUUGCAGUUGGACCGAAACACUCGCAUCCGGUUCGGGAGAUCAGCCUGCGGGCGGAUGAUCUGAGCCUGGUCAGUGUGUGCAGUGGAGGAAGUGUCCACCUAGUGGAUUUGAGAAAGAUGAUUCCAGCUGUGAAGAAAUGGUCGUGGCACGCGGUACCGAUGGGAGUGGCCAUUCACCAGCGCUUGGAUUUAGUUGCUUUCGGUGGGACCGAGUCGUUGGAAGUUUACUCGAUCGAUGGGGAACGACAGUGCGAUUUGCAGAAGGGAGCUUCUUGCGUAGACUUUCACCGGGUGGAUGCAGUGCUAGGAGCCGGAAGUACACGAGACAAUGCCGUGCUUCUCUACGGGGAGUGGGGCCAGUGAGAGACCGGUAGGUAAGACACAAAGUUGAUUGCUUUCUUUCAACUGAUUUUAAUCCCUUUGCUUACGAUAAUAUAGAGAACUGACUGAUUUUUAUUCCUCGUAUAAAGAUAGAUAUUGUUCAUUACAGUACUCCGUUUAACGACGCGUUACGCGUAGCCUUAAUCGGAUGGAUUUCUAUAUUGAUAAUAUUGUACACAGGUGAGUUGAGCUUAUGUAGUACGCUAUGAGAACAGUUUCCGUAUUUUCCACUUCAGCUUGGUUGUCUAGAGUUUUCAUGUCUGCCUCUCGUGAUAGCUGUGUUGUUGAAUUACUUCGUUGAGAUAUGUGGCUGUUAGGAACGUGCAAUUUCAACAUGGGAGAAGUGCAGUACUUGGGGUAGACCAUAGUUUAUUCUGCUAUUUCUGCAUAACUCC